UAUAUAAGUCUCCGUUAGAAGAAUCAGUUUCAUAUCAUUUGCAGCUUGUUACGACAAUGUCACGACCAAUAUCCCUUGAUGAAAUGAUGGCAGCGUUAAAAGAAAAAAACAAAACAUGUCACUUCUGGAAGAUAGAAAAUUUCUCUUUAGUCAAAAAACACAUCAAAUUGGUUGAAUCCUCUGUUUUUUAUUUUGGUGGUUACAGAUGGAAACUCAUGGUGCUCCCAUCUGGGUAUGAGGGUAGUCUUUCUGGUAAUGUCGCCUUGGUCUUACAAAGGCAAGCUCCCUCAAUAGGUGUUUAUCAUACACUUGAGUUAUUUGUCGUUAAUCAACUAUCGCAAAUAUGGCAUUCAUCAGGAAACAUUGUCUUACCAGCAGAGCAGGACUGGACUUGGGAUCCAAAUUUGAUGUCUCAUGUCAAUAGCGAGUACCUAGGUCUGCUUGUUGGAGAUUGUUGUAUCUUUGGUGUCAGGUUUUAUGGGUUUCAACCUGCUGCUUCCGGAACAGCUGAAUGUUUUAGCGUGAUUGAGAAACCUCUCAAUCACAAAGUCACUUGGAUGAUGAACAGGUUCUCGUCUUUUGAGCCUGAAAAAGCUCAUCAUUCUAAUGAAUUCAUCGUUGGAAACCGGAAAUGGAGAAUUCAAGUGCACCCAAGAGGCUUUAAUGAGGGAAAAGACAAAUCACUUUCUGUGUAUCUAGUUGGAGGAGGGCUUAUCAACAAUGUGCCGGAAGUGGCAAACACUUACGCCAUGUUUAAGCUGCGUGUAUUGGAUCAAGUUAACCGCAAUCAUUUUGAGAAAGCUUUUUUGGGUUGGCUUGGUGAAAAUCCUGUUGUCAUUCAAGGCUUUCCAGAAUUUAUGCCUCUGUCCAAACUUGGUGAACCUUAUUUGGUGAACGAUAAGUUAUAUGUGGGAGUUGAAUUUGAAUUCAUCUCUGUGACAAAUUAUUGUUAG